CGACGAACCGUAACUUUGUCUUCCUGCACACAACGACGACAGCAGUUCAUUCUUUUGUCAACAUUUGUCGCCAUGCCGAACAAGGUCGUCACGACACCAUACCCGCUCAUCGACGCUGACCCACACGCUUUCCGUGUUGUGCGUUAUUUCCGUUCGUCAGACUAUGCAACCUGGGCUGCAGGAACAGCCGCAUUCCCGGCUGCUUUGUAUUUCUGGGAUAUGGCUGACCCUGCAAAAGUUCGUCUGCGGACCAGCUUUCGGCUCGGAGGUUUCCUUGGCUUCGUUGGUGGUUUCUUGCUGGCAUACCAACGCUCAAGUUUCCGAUUCUGGGGCUGGUCAGAGAACAAACGAGAGGAGGACUUGGAUUUGGCCGAGCUUUCCCAAAGGGCAGCUGAGGGUAAGCCUUUGUAUGGUACAUCCAGCCAGCCAGAGUGGGUACAGGGCACUGCAUACAGAAACUCUGCAUGGUCUCAGUUGAAAUUCCACGCAUUCCCCAUGUUCAACUUCGUCAACCAUCAACAUCAUGGCACCGACGCUGCAAAAUAUGGUGUGAAGGAAAAGGAACUAUCAGAUUAGAUAUUCUCCUGCCGAUUGUACUGUCGUUGGCUUAGCAGGAUGACGCCAUGCACUUGCAAAGGGGAUUAUUUCCCUGUCUACGGAAUGAAUAAACAUACCUGCUUUGGCUCUAGAAUAUAAUGACCGCAUCGUAAUCAAAGAAGUUAUGACAACACAUGUUAGCCGGAGCAUCUCCGACCGUUCUAUUGCAUCUAGUGCAAUGUGCUGCAGUGCAGUUAUGUCGGACUCGAGUGUGAAAUUACCUUGCAAUU